AUGGGUUUUGUAAGAAAAUGGGACUCUUCAUGUCCUCGAGUCUAUGACAGUUGGGAAAGCAAUGGUGCUAAGUGGGUGAUACAGGAUCUACCUCCAGAAGACGAUGAAAUAGCGCUGCAGCUUUUGAGGGAAAACCUUAUUCCUGAUGAAACCCUCUGUUCACUCAGCAAUCUCAAAGAUGACCCGGAAAGUUUUCGGUCCAUAUCUGAUUUCUGGCUAGCAUGUUUUGCUCAGAGAAUGAGCCUCGCUUGUUACACGGAAAAAGAAGGAAAGAGAACCCUAGUAGCGAUAAAUGUUUGUGUUGCUGAUACAAUCGAAGAAAGAGUUCCAGAAAUCGAGAUUGAAGGAGAAGCUUGGAAAAAUGUGUUCAAUGCUUUGGAGUAUAUAGAAGAAAAAUGUGAUGCUUUUAAAUAUUUUGGCUUUGAUAUUCUUCUUCAUGCACUCGGUUUGGUAGUGAAGAAAGAGUAUAGAGGUGAAAAGUUAGGAAGCAGAAUGUUAUCAGCAAGGGAACCCUUAAGUAUUCCACACGGUAUAAAAGCAACAGCUACAGUAUUCACUGGUCCAGCAUCACAAAUAUCAGCAGCUCGAAGCGGAUUCAUAUCAAUAUGUGAAGUUUCUCUGAAAGAACUCGCCGAAAACGGUAUGAAAUACCCUCCAGAUGAGAACAGGUCUAUAAAACUGAUGGUCAAGAGCUUUGUUUGA